CUUGGACCAAAGGAGGUUGGGAUAGAGACUGAGUGGCUUGGUUUUCGAGACAUGGUCCUGGCGCGAGCAAACACACGAGAAACACGCACCUGGCACCCCUUCCCUCGUAAAUACUUUUGCGACCUCUCGACCGUUCUUGCCAACCACCUGUGAUUGCAUCCAUCCAGGACACCUCUCAUCUGGACACCGACCUUUUGCGACUGGAUUUCAUUGGACUCGAGGAACGCCUCAUACUGUCAACAGAGCGCUCACAGGAAGAACCAACAAAGCCUACGCAGGACCCUAACAGGAUCGUCCUUGUUCUGAACUCAACUUUCGGGCAGCCCCCAGCAGGACCAGCACUAGCGCCAGCACCAGCACCAGUACCAUACACUUUUCAACAUGAGCUCGCAUAUAGCAGACGAUGAUGACGAGUUCUUGUAUGGCUCGUCAGAACCCGCCACGAAUGCCCCUACACAAGCAACCACAGGUCAAGAUAGCGAAUCGUUUGAUCUCUAUGGCGUAGGCGGUGAAGGAGGAUCCUCAUCGACGGAGGUCAAGAUCACAUCAGGAACGACGAGUGCCACACAAUCAGCAGAAGACAAAAAGAACAACGUCACUGGGGCCACGAAUGCGAAAGAAGGUGCAAGCGGAUCAGGUCAGGGAGAUGGUGAUGACGAAGAAGCAGAGGAAGAAGAAGAGGAAGAGGAAGACGAGUCUGAAGAAGAAGAGGAUAGCGAGUCGGAUAUUGAAAUUGUCAUGGAUAACGAGGAGAACAGACAGGAAUCAGCAGGGCCAUCAAAACAAACGGUUGUGAAUAUCAAGACGAACACACCUGCGAAAUCAGGGACGACAACAGUAACAAACGCCAAUGGAACCGUGGAUGUGAUCCCGGCCACGAAACCUGGUGGGGUCGACAUCAACGCUGUGGGCUCAAUCGACGGCGUCGAAUUGUACGAUGUGGAUCUAGAUGGAGUCGAGGAUAAACCCUGGAGGAAGCCCGGCGCGGAUUUGACAGAUUAUUUCAACUAUGGGUUCAACGAAAACAUCUGGAGGGCAUAUUGCCAUAAACAAAAGAUGAUGCGCGAGAAUCCCUUUGCGGGCUUUGAUAUGGAUCCCAAGCUACUGAUGGACUUGCCUCCGGAACUCGGAUUGGGUAUGCCUAUGCCAGGUAUGCAGGGACUUCCUGGAAUGAUGUCUAUGCCCGGAAUGCCAGGGAUGCCAGGGAUGCCAGGAAUGCCAGGAAUGCCAGGGAUGCCAGGAAUGCCAGGGAUGCCAGGGAUGAUGGGUCGUGGCAUGCCUAUGCCCGGUAUGGGUAUGCCUAUGGGCAACAUGAUGAAUGCGAUGAACCAAAGAGGGGGCCCUGGUGGCGCUGGACGUGGCGGUCGGUUUAUAGGGCCCGGUGGCCCUGGUGGCCCUAAUGGUCCACCCGGAGGUCCUGCGAAUGCUGGGCGUGGCCGUGGAAACGCAAAUGAGGCUGGAUCCGGUGCGGAUCAUGAAGGAGGCGGGGGGCGUAAUGACAGAAGUCCGUCGUUUCAACGGAACAGCAGUGUGCCUGCUGGCGGCGACGAUUCCCACGGCGACGGACCGAGCGGCGCAUCAUUCCAGAAUGAAUUCCAGCAGGGCGGAGUGCCUUUCUUUGGGGGUGAUGGGUUCAACCAAGGUAACUUUAGAGGCAAUGGGCGUGGAGCUGGUACACCUAAUAUGCGUGGGGGCAUGAUAGGUGGAGGAGGCAUUGGCCGUGGAAGAGGAGGACCGACCAUGGUUCAAGGACCCGAUGGAUUCAGACCACAGGCAGGCCGUGGAGGACCAGGCGGACCCAAUAUGAACCAGUGGGACGGUGCAAAUAAUUUUGGCGGUGGGCCUGGAUUUCAGGGAGGCAGGGCUCCGUUCAACCAGGGCAUGGGCUUUCAACAAGGACCUCCCUUUGGGGGACAGAUGAUGCCGUCCAUGGGUCAUCAGCAGGGAAAACAAAAUGAUCGUGACGAUCAUGACGACCGACGCAGUCAGAGCCCACGGCCGAGUAGUCUCGACCGCGACCAGAGGGACUCUCGGGAGGGCAGUAGUCGUGGAGACCAUCGGGAUCGCGAUCGCAGCCGAGACCGUAACCGCGACCGCGACCGCAGCGACCAUCGUGAUAGCAAUAGUCGCGUGUCAAGUAGAGAGGGGAGCGGAGGGGGCGGUAGUCGAGAGCGCAGCUCAAGGAGCGACCGCGACAAGGAGCGCAGUGACCGGGACCGUAGUGAUCGCGACUACCAUCGCUCAGACAGAGACCGGUCGGAGCGGUUUGACCGGUCGGACAGAGAUGAUCGUCGAGGUGGUAACGGCAGCAGCAGCAGUAAAGAGAAAUCUCAGGCCGAAAAGGACAAGGUACAUGCGACUGGUGGAUAUCGUUAG